AUUCUUGUGAGUUGGGUACUUGUCAACUGAGAUUGUCAGUUUUGCUCAGUUCUGAUAAGAGUCAGUCCUUAACAAAGGAUACCACUUUCUUUAGAAUCUAGAGGACCUGAAAUCUCUCAGUUAACUUUUCUUAUUGUAUUUUUCCUCAGACUAUUUUUAUCAGACUUUAAAAUGGAUUUUCUGCAACUUAUCACUAAAAUUUCCUGUUAGAAGAAGAUGUUUAGUGAUAACAAUUAAAUGGAUCACAGAAUAAUUAAUACAAGAAAAAACAAACUCUACAACCACCAAAAUAUCUGAAUGAUAAUUGCAUUUAUGAUAGACCAUAUAUUCUAGUGCUGACUUAGUGAAAAUGGCAAUACUUAUAACUUUUAAGGAAUUGAUUAUGGUGGAACUUACCUUAAAAUCUAAGCAUCUAGAGUUUCUAUCAGAUCAUAAAUUUAAUAUCAUAAGCAGUUUCUAAGGCUUCAAUCAUUGAAAAUGACAAAUCAAAUAUCUUACUUUUUAACAUCUAAGUCCAAUGUGUUCAGUUUUCUUGUUUCAAGAUGUGGUGUGAAUGGUGUACACAGCUAUAAUUAUUUCUUUAAGUUUCAACAUGUGUUUAUUACGAGGGCCCUCAAACAAGUACUGAUGAGUACAGACCACAAGAUAAAUCAAAACUAGGAACAACUUUCAAAGACAAAAGAAGAUGUCUGUCGCUUGCUAGAUUGGAUCUAAAAACAGAAAAAUACAGAGUACUAUAACUCUGUUUAAUCUCUGUAUCCAUUCAAGCUAUUUUCGUUGCGCUUUUCCACUCAGUGUUUUAUCAUCAGGCUGACUUAUUCUCCCUGAAGCGUUGAGGUUUCAUCUGCUUGAUUUUCCAUAGCUUUAAGACUCCAUAUAUCGAGCAUUAUUGCAUUCUUGAGAUGCCAAUAUCUGAUGUUUCUAGUGAUCUUACAAUAGAAGUCGGAUCAGCCAGUUUUGCUCUUCACAAGUUUCCUCUGGUUUCUCGAAGUGGAAGAAUUAGAAAGCUGCUGCUAGAGGCAAAGGAUACAAAAAUUUCAAGACUCAAUCUUACUGGUCUUCCUGGUGGAUCUGAUGCAUUUGAACUUGCGGCAAAGUUCUGCUACGGCGUGAAUGUUGAGAUUACCAUAUCAAACGUGGCGUUACUGAGAUGUGCAGCCAGGUUUAUGGAAAUGACAGAAGACAUCUCCGAGAAAAACCUGGAAUUUCGUACUGAGGUAUUUCUUAAGGAUACAGUAUUCCCAAACAUAUCCAACUCGAUAUCUGUUCUUCAUCGCUGUGAAAUGCUACUACCAGUAUCCGAAGAAGUCAAUCUUGUUAGUAGGUUAAUUAAUGCAAUUGCAAAUAAUGCUUGUAAGGAGCAGCUAACAUCUGGUUUGUCAAAGCUGGAGCAUAAUUUCCCACCAAAACCUGUUAAAUGCCUUGAUUCUGAGACACCGUCAGACUGGUGGGGAAAAUUGCUGGUUGUGCUGAGUCUGGAUUUAUUUCGGAGAGUUCUAUCUGCAGUAAAGACAAAAGGUCUCAAACAAGACACUAUUAGCAGAAUUUUGAUAAAUUAUGCCCAAAAUUCUCUUCAGGGGCUAUUCAUCAAGGAUCCUCAGUUGGUUAAAGGAAGUUGCAUGGAUUCGGAUUUGCAGAAAAGACAAAGGAUCAUCGUCGAAACAAUAGCUAGCUUACUACCAACACAAUCCAGGAAAAGCUCAGUGCCAAUGGCUUUUCUUUCAAGUUUGUUAAAAUCUUCAAUAGCAGCAUCCGCUUCUACUUCUUGCAGAUCUGAUCUAGAGAGGCGCAUCGGUCUGCAACUAGAUCAGGCAAUUCUUGAAGAUAUUCUCAUACCUGCAAAUCCACAUGGAAAUAAUCACAGCCCUCUCUAUGACAUAGAUUCCAUAUUGAGGAUCUUUUCCUAUUUCUUGAAUUUAGAUGAGGAUGAUGAAGAGGACAAUAAUCCCCUAAGAGACGAAAGUGAAAUGGUUUACGACUUUGAUAGUCCUGGAUCUCCCAAACAUAGCUCAAUUGUUAAGGUGUCAAAAUUAUUGGACAAUUAUCUGGCAGAAGUUGCAUUAGAUUCCAACCUAACACCAUCAAAGUAUAUAGCACUAGCAGAGUUACUUCCAGACCACGCCCGUCUAGUUUAUGAUGGCUUAUAUCGAGCUGUAGAUAUUUUCCUCAAGGUUCAUCCCAACAUUAAGGACUCCGAACGCUACAGACUCUGUAAAACUAUUGAUUGCCAGAAAAUAUCGCAAGAAGCUUGCAGUCAUGCAGCUCAAAAUGAACGGUUGCCUGUGCAAAUGGCGGUCCAAGUACUAUACUUUGAACAAAUCAGACUGAGAAAUGCGAUGAACGGGGGCCAUAAUAAUCAGUUCUUCGGAAUGAAUAGUCAGUUCCCUCAGCGUUCAGGCAGUGCAGCAGGAAGCGGAUGCAUCUCUCCAAGAGAUAACUAUGCAUCAGUCAGGAGAGAAAAUAGAGAACUGAAGCUUGAGGUUACAAGAAUGAGAAUGAGGCUUACAGAUUUAGAGAAAGAUCACGUCUCCAUGAAACAGGAGCUAGUAAAGUCACAUCCUGCCGAUAAGUUAUUCAAGUCAUUCACCAAGAAACUAAGCAAGCUCAAUGCACUGUUCCGAAUAAGAGAUUUAAGGCCAAUAGGGGGGAAAACUAACUCAGAAAGUCGGUUACUCUUUCAGAAGAGAAGGCGCCAUUCGGUUUCUUGAUGUUGAACACUAAUGUGAAUAAGAAAGAGUAUAUAGUGUUUUCAUAGUGCUGAGUUUGAUGGAUGUUGAUGUAUUGAGUGAAGUUCUUUCUUGCAUUCUCUUUUGAUUGUAACCUUGAAAGAAGAUAUUCACUCAAACUUCUACUUCAAAGGUAUAUAAACAAGUGUGAGGUUUUUUA